UAUCCCCACCAUCUUCAUUUCUUUGUUGGUCCUUCUUCUGCUUCUGUAGAGAGAGAGUUUGGUGCUUCUCUGGGUUCUCUUUGGUUUUCUUGCUCUUCCGGCUUCAGAACGUUUGAGGGUUAGGGCCUCCAAGCUUUGAUUUUCAUAAAGUUUGUUACUUGCUGAAGCUAUGGAGGUAUGCGGGACAAACAUGGGUGCAGCCCCUGCCCCUGCAAAUGUUAUUUAUUUAUCUACUAUUCUUGGCCGUGAUGGGCCUAUUCCUGUUCACAACUGUGAUUGGAAAUGUGAAAAUGAGCAUGUUUGUGGAAACAUGUAUCGCUGUAAACUAACUGGAAUCACUCACAUCUGUGACAAGAACUGUAACCAGAGAAUUUUGUAUGAUAACCAUAGUUCUAUGUGCCGAGCAAGUGGCAAAGUUUUUCCCCUUUCACCAACUGAGGAACAGGCAGUCCGAGGAGUCAGAAGGAAGCUUGAUGCCGAGAAUUCUCCGUCUGAUAGCUGCUCUUUUAAGCGCAGACGUGACUCACAGUUUCAUCCUUCUCCAUUUGAGAGAUCCUUCUCCACUGUUGGUCCAAUCUGUAGCCAAGUUGGAGAUGGCAUGGAUAUGAGCUAGUUAUCUGUCACAUGGCCGAAAGACUAUCUUGUUUCUCAUUAUCAUUUCCUUUGAAUCUUUUUGCAUUUCUUUCUUAUGGGACAAAUGGAUAAUGGAUAAUAGACUUGAUGUUGGUACUCUGGUGGUGGGGCUAUUGCGUUCUCCUACCCGUAUGAACACUUAACAGUUAUUAUCUUUCCUAAUAUGCCAAUUGAGUUACAUCUCUUCUUAUAGCUUUGAUGAGCUUGAAUUUUCAUCUUUCAAACCCUUAUACUUAGGAUAUCAACUUAUAAUUGCAUGACUUUUCUGCCUUAACUAUGAUUUAAGUUUGUAUAUUUUACGUAUGCAAUUUUUUUUUGUUAAUCCUAUGUUUUUUUCAUUUAUAGUAUUGAAUUUGUAUAUUGUUUGGAUGCAAUUGUGCUAUGGGAUUUCUACGCUUGUUCAUUUAUCAUAUUAUGCUUAUUUGGAAUUGUAAUGAUAAUUGAGAUUCAGUUUUGUAAUUGUACCUCUUCAUGUAAUAAUCAUAUUUUAAUGGUGGCUUGCCAUAACCUGUCAGCGAUCUACACUAUUCCUCAGUUAUUAAGUUUAGUCUAAUUCUUUGACUUGAUGUAUUGGUUUUACCAGUUUAUGCAGGUUGAAGAGGAUUACAUUGCCAGUCAGUGUCACAUGUCCUUUUGUUUAUUCUGUUUAGUUUUCACUUGUUCUUGGUUUGUCAUAUGGGUUCCUGAAGCUUAUGUUGAUUUUGCAGGGGUUGAAAGUGUGCAAUUCAGGAGAGUUUGAUUAUGAUGAUUGAAAAUUGAAUGAUAUUUUCUGUUUUCAGGCUUCGUUAAAUGUUAAGCAGUUUCUGAUUAUGUGUCUAUCCUUGUGAUGUAGGUACUUGGUCAUUGUUUGCGAUGGAGAACAAUAUUGCAACUGAUAAUGCUAAGGAGCAGAGUAUAAUGCAAUGCUUGCUGCAUUCUUUUAGCAGCCCAGCUCCUGGGAGGGAAUGCCUCUUAGAAAGCAGGU